CAGGCAGUGGUUAUAAUGGAUAAAUAUCUUAGAGCUUCAAAUGGGCAAGGUUGUAGUGCGGCAACCAUUGAAGAAAAAGAGCAAGAGGAAGAGCCGCAAGCCAAAAAGGCGCGAUAUGGUCAGUCCAAUGUGUGGAAUUUUUUUAAUAAGUCCUCGGAUGGCAAGACUGCCAAAUGUUUAAAAUGUGGUAAAAUUUAUCAAACCAGCGGAAACACCACCAACAUGGCGGGACAUUUAAAGCGGGUACACCCAACGUUAACGGUGAGUGAGUUGCCAAAGGCUUCAGGACAUAUGGCGGCUUAUUUGGAUAAAAAAUAUGAAGCCUCAUCGAAACGGAAGAGAGAUUUGGACAGCGCAUUGUUAAAUUUCAUUUGCUCCGAUUUACGUCCAUUUUACAUUGUAGAAAACGAGGGAUUUAAGCAAUUUAUAAAUGCUUUGAAUCCCCGAUACGAAUUGCCUUCACGAUCAACAAUGCUUUCAACAUGUUAUAAUAAUUUAUUCAUGAACAUGAGAAUGAAACUGAAAAGCAUUUUGCAAGAAGUGGAAUAUUGCGCUGUGACAACCGACUGUUGGACAUCUCGAGCCAACGAGGCUUAUUUGACCGUAACUUGCCAUUUUAUAGAUCUAGAUUUUAAACUUCGCACAGCAGUACUUUCGACUAGUAAGUUACAGAAUGAGAAAAAUCAUUCUGCAGAAAACAUUGCGAACUCUCUAUGUGCAGUGCUAAUUGAAUGGGAAGUUAUGGACAAAGUUGCAGCCAUUGUUACCGAUAGCGCAAGAACAAUGAUAAAAGCAUGUGAGAUAUUGCAAAAAAGACAUGUGCCAUGCUUUGCGCAUGUUAUUAAUUUAAUAGUUCAACAAUGCCUGAAUCAAGAGAAAAUAAAAGUUAUUAUGGGGAAAUGCAAAAGUAUUGUGGGAUUUUUUAAGAAAAGCACAGUAGCUUACGCCAAGUUUAAAGAAGCUCAAAAUACAGAGAAGCCAUACAGUUUAAAGCAAGAAUGUCCUACAAGAUGGAAUAGCGCAUUUCAUAUGAUUGAAAGAAUUCUUAAAGCAAAUGAUGCUAUAAGCAGUGUUCUUCUUUCAACCCCAAAGGGACUUGCCCCGUUUUCGGCUGACGAAAUUUUAAUUUUAAAAGACAUAAAAAUUUUAUUGCAACCUUUUGAAUGUGCAACAUUGCAAACUUCUUCGCGAACGUUGGUCACGGUAUCAUUAAUAAUUCCUAUAACUUGCGGACUUCUGCAUAAUUUGCAAUUGUUAAAAAAUGACCUAAAAAUAGUUGAAGGUCGCGAAAGCUGCAAUUGCUUAUUGGAGGGCAUAUCGUCCAGACUACUGCAAUAUGAAAUUCGCAAUGUUCCUCGAGUGGCAACUUUGCUAGAUCCUCGGUUUAAAAAAGAAGCGUUUCACUCACCAUUUAACAUCACUGAGGCUCAAAAACUCUUGGAAAACGAGCUUUCUUUUUUCAACGCACAGAAGUCUCGCCCUUGCGACGAACCACGCCUGCCAACAUCAACCUCCACAUCGCAGACAUCCCUUUUUCAAUUUUUGGAAAAAAACAAAAGUUUGAAACAUAAAACUAAUACAGUGGAUUCCAUAUUGUCAAUUCGUCAAUAUUUUAAUCUAGACAAUUUGGAAUCAAACUCCAACCCUUUAGAUUAUUGGAAGAUCUCAUCAGAUAAAUCAUUUCAGCAUUGCUGCAAAAAAUAUUUCUGCGUUCCAGCAACUUCGACAGAAAGCGAACGUAUGUUCAGUAAGGCUGGAAUCGUUGUAAGCGAAAAAAGAAGUUCGCUUCAGUUUAAACAUGUUGACAUGCUACUUUUUAUCAAUCGGAACAAGUGGAUCUCUGAACAGCAAUUAUUGUUUUAUAGUUUUAAGUUUGAAAAAGAUUGA